CGCUGAGUUGCGUGGACGCUUGAGACUAUCAAGCGCAUGAAUUCCACAGAUCAUCAUGGCUGCCGAAAACACCGAAAGCAUUCCCCGGGAAGAAGAAACACAGUUUGAUAUUGAAAGUCAUGAAUUUCUGAUACCAAAGAAAGAAGUUGGUCCACCUCCAGAAAUAAUACCAAAAUGGGAAAAAUCACAGGCAUACCAGGAUCUAGUUGGUUUCAUACUAGCCAUGAAUAAUGCAGUGAAAGGGAAAAAGAUCUCAGCAGAUAGUACAAUGUCUCCUACUGUAACACAACUGAUAAAGCUACUAGAGACAUUAGACAGCUGGAUAGCGGAGUUUCCACCUAUAGAUCAACCACAGAGAUUUGGUAAUGCAGCUUUUAGGGACUGGUUUAACAAAUUACAACAGAAUGCUAAACAAUUAAUAGAAGAUAUGCUAGAAGACAAGUAUAAAAAGAGCAGUGAAGAAAUAUCAGUGUACCUAGUGGAAUCUUUCGGCAAUCAAACGAGAAUAGAUUAUGGUACAGGUCAUGAGAUGGCAUUUGCAGCAUUUUUAUUCUGCUUCUAUAAGAUUGGAGUAUUGACAGAAUCUGAUGCUGAAGCUGUGGUUUUGAAAGUUUUUAAUAGGUAUUUACAUUUAGUAAGAAAUCUACAACAGACAUACAGAAUGGAGCCAGCUGGGAGUCAGGGUGUGUGGGCAUUAGACGAUCAUCAGUUUCUACCUUUUAUAUGGGGAUCUUCUCAACUCAUAGGACAUCCCAGGAUUCAUCCGAAGUCUUUUGUUAAGCCAGAUAUAUAUGAAACUUUUGCUAAAGAUUUUAUGUUUUUAAGCUGUAUUAAAUAUAUAAACCAGGUAAAAACGGGUCCUUUUGCCGAGCAUUCAAAUCAGUUAUGGAAUAUAAGUGGAGUGCCUAAUUGGGAUAAAGUUAACUCAGGACUUGUUAAAAUGUAUAAAGCCGAGGUACUGGCAAAAUUUCCAGUGAUACAGCAUUUCAUGUUUGGAAGUCUUUUAACAAUGCAUCCUGCCACCUGAUAUUCUUCACAUAGUGUACUUUAGCAUAUAAACACUUGCCAUAUGGUUGUGUAUGUAAUCUCUUCAAGUUGAAAUCAGCCACCAUACCAUUGUGUAUGUAAUCUCUUCAAGUUGAAAUCACUCGCCAUACGAUUGUGUGCGUAUUCUCUCGCUUCAGCUUAGGACUGUUGGAACAGAAUAUAAGACUUUACAUAAAUUACGGAGUAUUUAUAUUUUAUAGAAUUUGUAUUCAGCUGAAGCAAAAUUUGUGUGAUUGCAGACAUAAAUUUCCCCACAAGUGUGACUGUCUACCUGAAAACAUAAUCAUAAAUGUCUACAGUUAUGGCCUCAGUCUCAAGUCUUAUCUGAAAGCUGAGAAAAUAUUGACUGCAGUUAUUUCCUCAUCUACAAGUGAAACUGUGUAACUGAAUAUAGUAAAUGAAGUUUUUAAAUCCACACAGUGUAACUGAAGGCUAAAACAAAACAAUGUUUAUAAACAUUUAACAUGUAAUAAAAGUAAUUAAUAAUGAGUUAUUACUACCACUUUAAGUGUAACUGAAGACAGAAAGCAGAGAAACUGAAGUUAUGACCUCCAUUCCAAGUGUAAAUGUGAAACUGAAAAUUUAAUGACACUCAACGUGUAACCUGAUAGCUGAAACCAUAAUGACUGCAGUUUUAUCUACUUCAAGUGUGACGGAAGGCAGAAACUAUAAUCACUGUAGUUUUUACCACCACUCAAAGGCUGAAAAUAUAAUGUCUGACAAGUCAAAGUGUAACUGUGUAACUGAAGGCAGGAACAUAAUGAUACAGUUUUUACUACCUUUUAAAGUGUAACUGUGUAACUGAAGGCAAAAAACAUGAUGACUGUAGACAUUAGCUCCACUUCAAGUGUAACUGUGUAACUGAAGGCAAAAACAUGAUGACUGUAGACAUUAGCUCAACUUCAAGUGUACCUGUGUAACUGAAGGCAAAAACAUGAUGACUGUAGACAUUAGUUCCACUUCAAAUGUGACUUUGUAACUGAAGGCAAAAACAUGAUGACUGUAGACAUUAGCUCAACUUCAAGUGUAACUGUGUAACUGAAGGCAAAAACAUGAUGACCGUAGACAUUAGUUCCACUUCAAAUGUGACUUUGUAACUGAAGGCAAAAACAUGAUGACUGUAGACAUUAGCUCAACUUCAAAUGUGACUUUGUAACUGAAGGCAAAAACAUGAUGACUGUAGACAUUAGCUCCACUUCAAAUG